AUGAUCAUAGCAAUCUGGAAUGUAAGGGGCUUUAAUAAGCGUUUUAAGCAUAAGGAGUUUAGUAGAAUAGUGAAUAAAGAAAGAAUUACAGUUAUAGUUGUGACAAAACAUAGAGUAGCUAAGCAGAGGGAACCAAAGAUUAUGAAGCAACUUCUUCCAAACUGGAGAUGGCAUGAUAAUUAUGAUCACAAUAAUAGGGGCAUGAUUUGGCUAGCAUGGGAUCCUAGCAAGGUGGAUUUGGUUAUGUUGCAUGUGCAUCCUCAGUUUCUGCAUUGUACACUGAAGGAUCUUACAAAUGCUUUGGUGUUUGAAUUCACUGUUGUAUAUGGAAAGCAUACCAUUAUAGAUAGACAACCACUUUGGCAAGAUUUAGAGGGCAUGGAUGUAAAAAUACAACUCUCAUGGUCUAUCAUGGGGGAUUUCAAUGUUAUACUUGGAGAAGAGGAUAGAAUAGGAGGAAGGCAAGUUCAAGAUGUUGAAGUCAUGGAUUCUAAUAAGUUGUUAGAUAACACUGGUCUAACCAUCAUGAAUUCAGUUGGAAGAUUCUUCCCCUGGACCAAUUCUCAUGUCCAUAACAGGAUUGACAGGGCACUGGUCAACUCUGUUUGGAUGAACAUUUGGCCCCAGGUGGAAGUUGAAGUUAAAGAUCCACAAUUCUCAGAUCAUGCUUUGCUGAGUGUUACUAUUGGACCUGUCCAAAGACAAGGGGCUAAACCUUUCAGAUUCCUAAAUCAUCUAUGCAAACACAAAAAAAUUAUGAGUAUUGUACAGGAGACUUCGGAAAAGCUUGUUCACAACACUAGCAUGGCUAGAGUAUGGACAAAGCUCAAACCAACAAAGGAGGUAAUGAAGAGUCUUAACAUACAUGAGUUCUCCAUAGAAGAGAAUAGAAUCCAGGAUACUAGACAGCAAUUGCAAGAGACUCAAGAGAAGCUUAUAGUGAUUUUUAAUAAUCCCAGCUUAUUUGCUCAAGAGAAAGUAUUGAAACAUGAGCUAGAGAAGUGGAUUAUGGUGGAAGAAAGCAUCCUCAAACAGAAGUCAAGGGUGUUGUGGCUGAAGCUAGGAGAUUCUAACUUGACAUAUUUUCAUGCUAACAUUAAAAGCAGGAUAGCUCAGAAUCACAUUACCAGGCUAGUGUCAGCUACAGGAGAGUUGUUAACAACUAACUUAGAAAUAGAAAAUGAAGCAAUUGGGUUUUACGUGAACCUACUAGGGACAUGUGCAGAACAAUUUCCUGAAAUUGAUCCUAGAGUGAUGACUUCUGGGAAAAUACUACAUAGGAAUCAACAGGUCCAACUUAUUACUCCAGUUACAAGAGAAGAUGUGAAUGGGGCACUAUAG